UCGGGCCAGAUCCCAGUUAAUGCUUCAGUAUUAUUUUCUCACCAAAUGCAGAACUUGUCUGCUUUGUAGUGGGCGGGGGAGCACAGCUUUUUUCUCUCAGAGAAAGAACACAGUGAGGCCUCCUUGCAUUGCUUCGGCUCCGCGUGGCCUCGGCCCAUGGCGGCCCCCAACUGCUCAGCUGCCAGCACUGCGGUGGAGACAGCCGUGGGCACCAUGCUGACGGUGGAGUGUGCUCUGGGGUUCACAGGCAAUGCCGUCGCCCUCUGGACCUUCAUCUACCGUCUCAAAGUGUGGAAGCCUUAUGCGGUCUACCUGUUCAACCUGGUGAUGGCUGACCUGCUGCUGGCCACCUGCCUGCCACUCCUCGCGGUCUUCUAUCUGAAGGGCAAGACCUGGGAACUCGGCCAUGCCCCCUGCAACGUCCUGCCCUUCCUGCUGGCCUUCAGCCGUGGUGUGGGGGUGGCCUUCCUGACAACAGUGGCUCUAGACCGGUAUCUGCGCGUGGUCCAUCCUCGGCUCAGAGUCAACUUGGUGUCUCCGAGGGCAGCCUGGGUCAUCUCCAGCCUAGUAUGGUUUCUCAUGGUUGCCCUCACUCCCCAAAACCUGCUCGCUCAUAAGGCUACCCAGAAUUCCACUGAGUGUCCCAGCUUCUACCCCACAGGAGAGAGCACCUGGCAGGAGGUGCUCUUCUUCCUUCAGCUCCUGCUUCCCUUUGGCCUCAUCAUCUUCUGUAACACUGGGCUCAUCAGGACCCUCCAGCAGAGACUCCGAGAGUCUGACAAACAGCCCAGGCUCCGGAGGGCCAGGGUGCUGGUAGCCAUGGUGCUCGUGCUGUUUGGAUUGUGUUUCCUGCCUUGUGUCCUGGCCAGAGUCCUGAUGCAUCUCUUUCGGGAAUUUGAGAGCUGCCUUGUCCAGCGAGCCAUAGUGCAGGCCUCGGACAUCGCCGGCAGCCUCACCUGCCUGCACAGUGUAUUGAGCCCGGUCAUUUACUGCUUCUCCAACCAGGCCUUCACCCACUCAUACCGGAAGGUGCUCAGAAGCCUGCGAGGGUGGAAGAAGACAGAAGAACCGGCUGUCUCCAACCUCAGAGACUCCUAUUCCUGAUGACUAUUGAAAUCCUCAGCUUGCCUUUGUUUGGGUACCACCUCAAAUCUAAACAAUAAUCCAGUUAACCUCAGGGUCAGAAGAGAGCAACGGUACCUCAGGGAUCCAGACACAAAGUCAGUCAAUGCAGUGACACGCUUGGCUCCCCUGGUUUUCCCCUGCUUCUGUCACACUGCAGGGUGGCAGACUUGAAUCACACAGACAGAUCCCGCUUCCUUUGCGUGGCAGCCGUCCAGAUGAAGCUGCCGGGCUGAGAGGAGAGGCUAAGCACUUCUGUACGGUCCCACAGGGAGAUCCCAAGGCUCUAUGACCGCGGAGGAGAAGGCUGCUCUUGCUCCAGCAUGGGUCCUAUUCUCUUCCCACGCUUCAGUCCUCUCCAGUGUGAAAAACUGCUUUCUUCUUACCCACCAUGGAGCACAGAACAGUGGAAGCCAGCAGUCCCCGAGGUUCUGAAGAGGCCGCAGGUCACAUUCUGUUUUUAUAAAACUCUCCUUUGCUUUUAGAGGUUGUACAGAGUGUCAAAGGCAGUUCAGCUAGCUACCUCUUUCGUUGCGAGAAAUACCUGGUAAUUGCCUCAAAACUGACCUGGAAGUUCUUGCUUAACUUUUAAUAUCUGAAUGCUUUUGACUUUCCCUGCCCUGCUUUGAAAGAGAUGCCACAUCUUUAUCCCAGCCCUGGGGAAAGGCGCUUGCUUUUGAGCUGGUGCUUGAAGCAAGACCCCAGGGGAACCUAAGGGCUGGCAGACUGUGGCCCGGGACUGCUGUCAGCUCGGUUCUAGAAUCCACAGGCCAGGGACAGCUGGUGAGCAGGAGGGCAUGAAAACCACUCUCCUCGCUGCUUCAACUCUGUUUCUGCUCUCCUCUCCAGAAAGGCAGCUAAGAGCAAGGAAUCUCCACAAUGCCUGUGGGGGUAUCUGCUGGCAAUGGCCAUGGUAUUGGCACAGGCACCCUAUGGAGAACCCUGCCUGAUGACAAAGCUGAUGGCGUUGGUGACGCCAUGACCACCCACAGGCUUCCUUGCCUGAUUGGUAGAUUCGUUGUCAGGACCUCCUGAGACAUUAUGCAGAAGGACAGAAAAGUCCCAUAGACCAGGGUGGCCUAUCAGACACAGUGUUCCCGGGAAUGAGGGCCAUGCAGCAGCAGCUCUGUCUUCCAGGAUUUAUUUCCUCCUACGAGAGCAGACUGUCACAGGCCUGAGAGUGAACUGUGGCCCGACCAGGAUGUGGCUGAAGUCUGCUGGAUGGAUGCGUUUGGUGCUGUGCCCACUUUCUUCCCUUUCAACGGAGGAAAAGCAUCUCCAGCUCUCUCCUCCCCACCUGCAUGCAUCCAGCAGUUUAAACGAUGCUUUAAAAACUGCUGUGUUUAACACAAGUGUUUCUUUGUUAUGUUGUGAUUGCUGGCAUAAGAGGAGUCCCAGCCCAUUCCUGCUUUUGGGCUCUGGAGUCUGUGACUGUGCUUGGGACAGGCAUCUCGAAUGUGAUGGCAUCAUCUGAACACCGUUAUCUGUGGUGGCAGGAGCUAUACAGCAGUCGGCCCCUAUCGCUUGUGAAAGCUUUGCCGGUCAGGUGUGGGGAGAGGUCCAGGGUCACAGCCUUCCCAGUCUGGGGAGCCCAAGACUUCGAGCUUCCUGUCCUGAGCUCUGCUCUCACUCCAGUGCUGCCGGCCCUGCCAACCUCUGCCUCUGUCCUGGAUGCACGUCAGUAAGAUGGGUGUCUUUGGGACAUCCUCAACAGCAUCCCUACCUCAGGGUCCUAUUUUCUGCCCCACAGAGGCCACUGAGGAGGAAACCCUGGUGCCUUAGCCAAGCAGGGACACUUCACUCCACUGAAGCAGAUGGGGCAGGGUCCAAUCUUAGCAAGUCCUUAAAUCUAUUCAUGUGUAGCCCCAGCUAAGAAUGGCUGGUUUGACAGCUAAAUGAUAUCUUGGAGAUAGCAUCUUCCUCAGUCUCUUGGAUCUGUGACCUGGACAAGAUGCCUUACUGCUUUUGUCUGUCCCCAUCUUCAAAAUAAGGAAAAAAUAACAUCUACAAGGAAUCCUUGCAGGGAUUAAACAACACUCCAGAUUUGUCGUGCAGAGACAUGCUACAGUCAUUCAGGAGACGUUCAUUUAAUCAUCACUUAUUUCUGUUUUCCUUGCUGACUUCCCAUCCUGCCGUGGGCCUUGGGGACAUUGUUUUUCAACUGCAUGUCCUCACCCAGAACCUGCUACACAACGGUGCUCAGGGGUGGGAGCCUUGUGAAGUUCAUUUAAUUAAAGGUUCCCCAUUCUUGGUAAACAUACUUUAUAAUGGUCUCACCUGCUUCAUCUCUGAAAGCUGGUGAGGGUGUGAGGACUUGGAAUCCCUGGACAGCAUUGCUGGGGAUGUAACAGGGGAUUUCUCUCGCCCCUGGGACAGCUGUCUCUGACAUCACCCUGGACAUCACCCUGGGUCACAGAGGGAUUUGUUGUGGACACACCUUCCAGAGUAGCCUCCCCGCAAACUGUCUGAGUGAGGAAUGACCCAAAAGGAAAGUAGGGGUGGUCAUAAACAAGAGGCCUCAGGGCCUUAGCUGUGGCUGGUGACAGUGCUGUGCGUUCUUUUGGUCUCAGGGGCAGGAGCACAGUCUCUGUGAGCUAGCAGCUCCUCACUCUGCUGGGUUCUUGAAUUUCUGGGAAAGACGGCACAAUGCUAGCACUGUAACUGUUAGGCCUUCUGUUGAUCUUGCUACGUCUCUGAUUCCCCGGACCUCAGCCAGGCCUGUAAGUUUUGACAUCGUUCUAGAAUAGUCCCAGUUCCUGCUGCCCUCUGGCCUCAGGCAGGGACAUUCCUUUUGUGGAAAGUCGCCUGUACAGCAUCUCCAUCUACUACCUGACACAGAGGGCGUCUCACUCCUGCAUCCCGCAUCUCUGCUCGUCCCCGCAUGCUUCCCUUGCAGCCUGAGCCUCUGACUCACUCCUCAGCCCUCCAGCUUUGCUAGGGGCACACAGAGGCCCCUUCAUGAGUGAACAGGGAAAAGAAGAAGCAGCCAACAGAUUAGCCCUGUAACAAAUGAGAUCAAUGACUUAGCAGAUUGGGUUUUGUUUGUUUUCAAAGAUAUCUUGAAAGUCCGACUCUAGAGGCAGACUGAAAAUGAUCUCUGACAACCUUUAGGGAGCUGCUGAUAGGAAUGACAACGCCAUGAUGCUGUCUGCAGAAAGCAGCCCUCUCUAGGCACAUGUCCAUUUGUGCCAGUAAUCUAAUUAACACUGACCUCUGGGCAUCUCCGUGGGGAUGGUCUUGAGAAUUGAUGUGGAAGACCCAGCCCAUUGUGGGCAGCGUUAUGGCUGAACAGUAUCGAGUUAUUCCAAAGUCAGACAAAGAUGAGCGGGGCAGAGCCUACUAAGGGACCGACACGCAGGGGCGGUCGAGCGCUUGAGCCAGGAUGAGGACAGGGGAUACAUUCUGUGGCCCUCAGAGGUUUCAGCUGACAUCAUGUGCCGUUUUCACCAUGACUGUGUCCGUUCAGAGGCUGGAGUACACACACUUUGCUGAGCAGCAUCCUCACCCUCCCUCCCCUGAGCCUUUUCCUCCAGUAAACAGAAACUCACGCUCUGCAAACACACAGGGCCGUCCUUCCUUCCCGGUCCCCGAGCCACAGCCUCCUCUUUGCGUCUGAAUCCAGCUCCCCAGGUGCUUCCCACACGUGAAGAGCUGCACCGUGUCACGAAGGGAGCAUUUUACUUGGCGUGGUAUCCAUAGAGCUUGCCUGUGAGGUGGCAAGUCAGUUUCCUUUCCAAAAAUAAACAAUGCUUUGCUUGUCCAUUCCUGCACUCACUCAUAGGCUCUCGGGCCACUCCUGCCUCUUGGCUGUUGUGCACCUUUCUGGAUGAACACAGGUGUGCAGAUGUCCCUGUAGCCCUGCUUACGGAUAGGGAGUGGAAGUUCUGUGUCCUGUGGCCACUCCCUUUUGAAUGUUUCAAGGGUCUGCUCUGUGGUCCCAGGGGCCGCGUCUCUUUUACAUCCCCAGCAAGGCUGUACAGGGAUUCCAACCCCUCACAUCCUCACCACCUCAUUAUAGAGCAGCUGCAGACAGCAGGAGGUGGGUUUUCUUCCUGGGAGUCUGAAAUGCUCCCUAGGAAGACUCAGAAGAAAUCCCAGAGCCAGCCCUUGGUUAACUAUAAAUUUGUCAGGGCUGAUGGAACAAAGCACCCAUGCCUGAGGAGGCAAAGGCUGACUGAUCACCAUUCUGGAGGAAACCCAGACUGAGACACAGACAGACCAAGGUGACUAAGGGCUGUUCUUGUCUCUAGAGAUGGCAACUUGCAGCUGUGCUUUCUUCUGACUGGAGGAGCCUGGGAGCAACCACGAGCCUUGAGUGUAAGGGCAUUGUGCUGGUUAAUUCUAACUUUCAACUCGAUACAAGUUAGAAUCAACUGGGGAGAAACACGUAAGGAAAAUCACCUGGAUCAGAUUGGCCUAUGGACAUGCCUGUGGGGUUAUCUUGAUUGUUAACUGAUGUAAGAAGACCCAGCCCAUUGUGGGCAGCACCAUUCCCCAGGCAGGAGGUCUGAAUGGUAUAAGAAUAAAGAAAGCUAGUUCAGAGCCAGCAAGGAAAUGAGAUCCAUGUAUUUUAUUUUCAUCUUGCUCUUGACGGUGGAUGUCAUGCGUUUAAAUUACUUCUCCACAGUACUGGACCAUAGCCUGGACUUGUCAGUCAAACCAAAUCUUGCUUCCAUAACUUGCUUUUUGUCAGAAGACUUCCCAUAGCAUCAGAAGUGAAACUAAAGCAGGUGCUGAUCUCGUGUAACUCAUGGGACUGGUUGUGAGGCGCCUGCCUCCUGUGCCUUCCUUCCUCACAGCACCAUCUGGGUCUCACCCUGACUCCCCCUUGAGAAGUCUGUGGGUAUCUGUGGCUUGGGUCCUAUUGAGCUCUAUGAUAGGAGUGAUACCAUCCUCCAUGAUCCUGCUGGGACUCAUAGGCCCUUUGGAACGAGUGUUAAGGCACGAUAGCAAACUCCAGCCAACCAGCCAGGACCCACACAGGACCUGUCCUGUCUGCUCACAGUCCAGACCCGCCUCAGGUCAGGAGAUGGGGAGCCUGUGUUUGGGACUGCAACCAAAGGCCGGCCACCCUCUCUGCCUUCCCUAGAGGGAGUGUGCUGCACUUCUCAAAAUCUCUAGGAGGGCCUAGGCUAUGACACAAUGAAGAAGUGCUGGCCUAGGAGAUGCCAGCUUGGUCCACUAGCUUUAAAAGUAAUUCUAUAGCCCUCAUGUGUGAAAUCUGUCACAUUCAUCAGGGUUUGUCCCCAGGGACAUCACUCAGUGAUUGUCUUAGACGCCACUAUCCAACUACCGGAGGCAUCACCAAGCAAAGACACCCAGAAAAAUACAAAGGCACCCAGAGGAUGACACAUUGGACCCAGUUUGACUGUCCAUGAUUUUGAGACUGAGAUCUCCCUCUCCCAGCCAAAGAAAGGAGCUUUGAUUUAGGAGUGUAGGAUGAACAGUGCACACCAUAGACUAAGGGAGCACAGUAUGGGGAGGGAUGGGAUAGCAAGCCCUGCGAAAGGGGGGGGUGCCUCCUGCCAGUCACCACUGCCAGUCACUGUUGUCACCACAUGUAUCCUGAGAGCAUUCUUUAGAGGUUCAAUGAUUUUGCAUCUCACACAGCUUUGGUAAUUUUCCUCUGUCUCUGCAUGACCUGGACCAGCAGGUCCUUCUUCAGUGACAGGGUCCUAAGCGGAAGAACUCGGAGAUUAGAAGAUAAGAAGUCAGAACUGUUUGGGGUUGGGAGGUCUUGCUAUGUUUUAUGCUAAGCAGGCUUAUUGAGAAGUGCAGCAUCUCAUAUACUGUUUCCGGGGAGAAAGGAACAGUGUUCGUGGAAAGCUACUAUACAGUGGGGUGAAGUCAUCAGGAAGUGAACCAAGCAAUGUUGUACAAAGGGAUCCCAAGAUAUCUCAAGGUGUCAGAGAUAGCACACAGCAGCCUUGGGGCUGAUAACUCCAGUCUCUUCAGAGAGAAAAGCCAAGUUCCCAGGAACCAAGAACUGAAACCUUAUCUCCUCUGAAGCCCUAGCUCCAGCCCCAGACUGGCCUUGCCAGGUCUGCCUCUGGGCAAGGACACUGAAGGAGCUCCCUUUGUCCUGCCAGCAGAGUCUCUAAGAAAGCCUUAGAUGGGUCUGACUCUUAGCACCUGCAAGACCCCACCCUCUGGCCCCUCACCCUCACACACGGCCCAGAGAGCCCCAUCAUAGCAUGGUCUCAACACCCCUUGGGCGGGGAGUCUUGUCUCAGAAAUAACUCAAAGACAAUUAAACUGAGCGCUGAGAAGGGACUGAGUCCCAGGCCCGUGAAGGGUGUCUCUUUCCGUUCUAGUCUGCAAUGUCACCUUUCAAAGGAGCUGACAAGACGCACUUUACCUUCGCUUUCAGUGACACAACUGUCUGAGGUGAGGCCCAGACGUGUUGCAGAACUUGCAACGCUAGACGGAUCAGAGAAUCUGGGGAGUUCGUGAAUGCUGCAUGUCACCUGGGUAUCUGAGGCCCUAGUCCAGUGCCUGACACACUCUACUCUACAUGACUUUACAACCCUUGCUUCCUCUGAGGCUCAAGAGUCCCCCUCAAAUGCAGACAGCAAGACCUACAUGGUGUCCACAGCUCCCCUGGCCUGAAACUGCCCUGUGAUUGAUGCUACGAACCAGGAUGUAGGGCCUUGAACUUGAGAUCACUGACUCAGGCUAGUGUGGACCCCGGGGCAUUUGGAGCUCAGGUGCAAAGUCAAAGACUGAGCCACAGCGGCCAAGGCAGCCAGGUUUUUCUGUUUCUUUCCUUUUUCACUCUCAGACCUGGCAAUGAUCCCCAAGGAUGAGGCUCUGUCCUCCCAGGUUUAGUGUCUGCAGACAUGUAGCCCCUCCACAGGGUGACUCAAGCCCCAGAAGAGAGUCCUCAGAAGAGAGCGGCAGACACUGCACUGCGCACAGCACUUCUGAAAAGCUGAGGCUCUUCCAGGGCUUGAUCCUGUCAGUGCGCAAUAGUCAGCUUCCGAGUGACUGGGUGUUCAGGUCCUGUGACCCGACUCUGGUUCACAGUCUAUGUCGUCUGUGUCAGCACAGCUGCCCUGUCCCUUCUGGUCACAGUGUGCACAGAGCACCUGGUCCUCACACAUGCCUGCUCCACCUUUGAACCUUUGCUCACCCAAGUGAGCCUUGCACAUGGAACACACCUAGUUGUGUUUGACAGGGAGUGUGUGACAGUUUGAAAAAGAAUGAGCCCCACAGGUUCCUCUAUGUAAAUGCUUCGUCACCAAGGGCAGGCUGUGAGCUUUCAAAAGCCCAAGUCAGGCCCACCGCCAUCCUUCCUUCCCGUGGCCUUUGGAUCCAGAUGUAGAACUCUCAGCUCUUUCAGCAUCAUAUCUGCCUGCAUCCCUCCAUGCUCCCCACCACGAUGGUAACGGACUACACCCUGAACUUGUAAGCCAGUCCCAAUGAAACGCUUUCUUUUUAUGAGUUGCCUUGGUCACGGUGUUUCUUCCCAGCAAUAGAACAGUGACCGAGACAGGGUGUACAUUUGUUUCAUUUAACACUGAUUUCCUCUGCCAUGCCAGGUUUUUGACAAGAACCUAACUACCUUCUGGGAAAUUAUGAGAAUCAGCCUCACAGGUGGUAAUAAAUUGUUGUAUUAUAUUUUAUAAACAGAAUUUUUUAAUAUGUCAAGUUGUAGCAUCAUCUGGGGUGCAGACACACGAGGAUGGUAAAGCAGGAGGCACUGCAGACCUUCAAACCAGAGACCUGAGGACAUCAAGGCAUCCUACCGGCUUUGAUUUCUAAAGGCCUAACGCCAGCCUCCAUAGCCCGCCUGAGCCAGAACCUUUGCGUCCUGCCUGGUUCUGGUGUCAGGGCAGGUCCUGCUAUGACAUCACCAUGAGCCAUUGUGAGGGUUCCAGCCAGCAGAUGUGAUGCUGUGGCCUGGAUUCUCUGGGUGAAUUGAGAGGAGCUGUGGAGUGGUGCCCUGUGCGACUUUAUUGUUUCUAGCGAGGUUGCAUGUAGCUCCCUGUUUUCGGUUGCUUAGUUUGUGUGUGUACUUGUGCGUCCUUAUGUAUAUGCCACCUAUAGCAUCUGAUCAGCCCGAGAAAGAGACCGCAGGACUCAGCCAUGUGCCCAUCUUCUUCGGUGAAGAGAUAUUCACCAGUCAAUACACCGUCCUGAGGAAGUUAGGCCAGGGCCAAGGUGAUGCUGGCCCAGCACCGUCUCAUGGGCGUCCCAGUAGCCGUGAAAGUGCUCGUGAGGAAGAUGCUCUGGCACCAGCGGCUGUUUCAGAAGUGGGCAUCCUGAUGUCCAUCAGCCACCCCAACAUUGUCUCUCUCCUCCAAGCCAUCGAAACAGAAAAGAAUAUCUACCUCAUCAUGGAGAUGGCUGAGGGAGAACAGCUGUCCCGUCACGUCUGUGAGGCUGGACGCUUGCAGGAGAAGGAGCCCGAGGACUGUCUCACCAAAUCACAGGCGCUGUGGGCUACUGCCACGAGCACGGCAUAGUCUGCAGAGACCUGCAGCCUGACAACAUCAUGGUGGGCAGGUGUAGAAGAGUGGAGAUCAUGCAUGUGCAGAUGGGGCGGGGUGUGAACAAACAAGGUCUGAUUGCAGUGCAGCAGUGCCGGUUCAGAAAUUAGAAACUCAAAUGUCAACGUGUAAGCUCUGAGACCCUCUGCUGCAGUGGAAUGCAGACCAAGAAAAGUUCGAUGUCACAGCAAGCUUGAGAUUCCGAGCAUCUUCUGUGAGGAGCAAGUCUCAGCAGCAGCGAGGCUCACAGGGCAGGCAAGGGCAGGAAAGGUGGGUCAGUCCCCAAAGCAGGCAUGAUUCUCAGAGGUUGAGGCAGGAAUUAACUUCCUUUGGCUUACAGUGGAAACUCUGAGUCUUCAAUACUCUGUCUUUCCAGGUCUUAUGGACAGCAAUAGUCUUGAUGGCCUCUUCAGUCCUCUGAGGUCUGGGGCCUGAGAGACAGAGGCUGUAGCCCACAGAGAACCAGACUGGGCAGACUAAGAUGCGUGUACUUUCUGUUGGACCCUGACUGGUUGGGUGUGUGGAAUAGAGACCAAUCAGAAGAA